CUGAUCCCCACCAACGACACACAAGUUAACGCAUCAAUACAGGCGAUUGAAAGACGUCUAGCAGCGGCAGCGAACAGGUGGUGCUCCUGACAGACGUUUGAGCCAUCUUACCUAGUGGGAGGACCCAAGCCUAAAUUGCAGUUCGACAUGCUAAAGGAGUAAGGUACAGAAGGGAUACUACCUUCACCUCAUCUCAUAUCCUUACUCCUCAACCAAGCUGAGCAAGGAAAACAGCCCAGACAGUAGAAGCAAAACACCACAGGCAUGAUUAGAGUGGAUGUGUUCUGUGUGGUGGUGCUAGCAUUCAGCCACAGCCUGGAAACCCCUGUGUACGGAAUCAAAAGGUCUCAUGAAAAUGUGUUGUCAGAUCCCACAGACUGUAUGUCCAGGACCCAGCAGCAGCCUAUCUUAACAAACUCUCCCAACUUCUCUGUGGAUAUACGGAUGCCUGGUGUUGUCCCAACUAGAUCAGACACUUACCUCUGCAUGGCAUUUCCUGUGCCAACUAGUAGAGAUUCAUAUAUUGUGGACUUCAUACCUCAUGCAAGUAUGGACACAGUGCACCACAUGCUGCUGUUUGGCUGCCAGACUCCUGUCUCCAGGAGCAGCUACUGGGACUGUGGCAGUGUACAAGGCACUUGCGAGGAUGAAGCUUCCAUUAUGUAUGCCUGGGCUCGGAAUGCGCCACCUACUAAAUUACCCAAAGAUGUUGGUUUUAAAGUUGGUAGAAAUUCAGGAAUGUCCUACUUUGUGCUGCAGAUCCAUUAUGGAGAUGUCAUUGCUUUUAGAGACCAUCAUAGAGAUUGCUCAGGACUUACCUUAAGAAUGACAUUAAAACCGCAGCCAUUCACUGCUGGCAUAUACCUGCUCAUGUCGGUGGACACAGUUAUUCUUCCAGGAAAAAAAGUUACAAAUGCAGACAUCGCCUGUGAUUACACUUCAUAUCCGAUCUACCCGUUUGCCUUCAGGACCCACACACACCAACUUGGUAAAGUGGUCAGUGGCUACAGGAUCCGAGAUGGGAAGUGGAGCCUGAUUGGGAGACAGUCCCCUCAGCUACCACAGGCUUUCUAUCCUGCCAACAAGGAGGUGAAUGUCAAGUAUGGGGACACGAUUGCAACCAGAUGUGUGUUUACUGGUGAGGGCAAAACCUCCAAAACUUAUAUUGGUGGUACCUCUGAUGAUGAAAUGUGCAACUUCUAUAUAAUGUACUACAUGGACAGCAAACAUGCCAUCCCCUACAUGAACUGCAUGGAGACGAGCUCCAAAGAACUGUUUCAGCAUAUUCCAAGCGAGGCUAAUGUCCCUAUCGCUGUCAGUCCAGGUCAUUUGAACUCUAUGAUGCAAAUGGGACAUUCAACAGAUGAUCAAGAUGACAGAUCGUUGUUGGAUACAAACAAGGCAGAACAGGUUCUGGGUCAAGUUAUUGUAGAAUAUAAUUGUAGUGAGGGUGUAAUAGAGUCUCUGAGGAAAAGGUCUGGAGCAGUGCUCUCUUGUUGCCUAGACUUUUACAUUGAGCUGUAUUUUCUUCAUUUGCAGGAGUUUAAAAUGCCUCACGACAUAAUUGAAACCAGGGACGGCAGCGUCUUUGUCGGGGAUGCAGGCACUAAAUCAGUCUUCAAGUUCACCACUGAAAAGUUACAUCGCUCUGUCAAGAAAGCUGGAAUUGAGGUUCAAGAACUUGAAGAAAUGGAGACAUUUGUCGCUACUAAGGUGAGGCCGGAGUACAACAUGUCGAAGACAGCAGCCAUCCAAGAGAAGCAACAUGUGGCUAAACAGCCGAGACCACAGGAAGAGGCAGAAGAGGAGAAGAAGAGUGGAGCAAAGCCAAACAGAGAGCAGGGUGUAUUGCCAGCCAUCAUCACCACCCUGCUGCUCAUCCCUCUGCUGGUGGUCAUCUCCAUAGGAGUCUUUAUCUGCUGGAAGAAAAACAAUCGAUGUGAGGUGAAAACUGAGCCCAGCUCUGUGGGAGGGAUCUUGGGAAAAAUAAGAGGUAAAGCAGUGGGUAGUCUGAACCUGGGGAACUUCUUUGCAUCCCACAAGGGUUACAGUCGGCAGGGCUUUGACCAGCUGAGUACUGAAGGUAGCGACCAGGAGAGGAACGACGAGGACAGCAGCGAUUCAGAGAAUGAGGAGUACUCUGCUCUGCCGCCUCCUCAAUCCUCUUCUUAGAUGCUCUGCGGCCAGCCACCAACCUUCUGCUUACAUUUCCAAGAUGUCUGUUAUUCAUCGUAUGUAACUAUUGUGUUAGCUGCCAAUUUUAUUCUUUUAUAUAUUUAGAAAUAUACUAUAUGAAAAAUGGGCAUAAUUUAGACAGUUUAUUUAAUUUACCCGUGGUAUUGAUACAGCCUUGGUGACACAAUUCACACAUCACUAUUUCAUCAUUUGUUUUUCCCACAUCAAACUUUCAUGAAAUUAUUAGCACAAUCCCUAAAGAAAUGUUUGCGAUAUAUGGUGUUAAAUUAAUCAAGAACAAAUCUGCCAAUGGGCUGAGAUAAUUCUUCCUUUUCUUUGUGCAGUUUAUCUUGUUUUAGGGAGUAUUGUAGAACAAAAUUCUAUGAAAAUCUUGAAAUAAGUUGUUUUGUAUAUGAAACAGGUAAAACUAAUUUAAGCCCAUUGCUGAUAACUGAUAAGAAAAUAAACCAAACUUCACUGAA